AUGAGGAAUGUCUAUGUAAAUUUACACAAGUACGAAUAUACUCUGAACAAUAAAUACGCCUGCAACGGAAAUGUCCUCGCUGUUAUUUUGGUUAACAGCGCUCCAGACAAACCCUCGGAAAGAAUGCAAAUACGGAACACAUGGGGAUCUGUUAGAUUUCACUCCGGAGCUACGGUUGUGACUCUCUUUGCUAUUGCUCAGACCGAGGAUGACAAGCUGCAAUCACACAUUGAAAGUGAAAGUAAGCAAUACGUCGAUAUCAUACAGGGUAAUUUCUUAGAUUCAUACAGAAACCUAACAUAUAAAACCGUGAUGGGACUCGACUGGGUUCACAAGUUUUGCAACCACACAAAGUUUGUGCUCAAAGUUGACGAUGACACACUUAUUGACACGUAUCAUCUUGUGGACUACCUGUUGCAAAGGUCGCCUGAUGGUGAUAUCGAGGAUUUCCUUUAUUGCUCAACUUUUAGGAACCAAGGCCCAAUACGACGCUCUGAUGAUAAGUGGUUUGUUCCAAUGACUGAAUAUCCCUACUCUAAGUAUCCACCUUAUUGCGAAGGAUUUGCGUACAUCAUGUCCUACGAUGUCAGUAAAAAGCUAUAUGAAGCAACAGAAACCGUAAAGAUAUACUGGAUUGACGAUGUCUAUCUAACAGGACUUGCGGCUAUCCAAGCACGGAUAACACACACGAAUAUGGAGAGUGGUCAUUCAUAUAAAUUAUUAGAUACUGACAAUCUUUCAAAAAUAGUUCAGUCUUCUUUGUUUUUGCUUGCUAAAUAUGACAGCAUGAGGCCAAAUUGGGACAGGGCAUGGGAUGAUAUUAAAUCUCUUCAUAAAAAGUGAUAAAAU